AUGGACCUUCGUUCGGUACUCAACACUUCCGAUAAUGGGGAGCGCUCUGCGGCCAAGGCACCGCCAACGCCGCAGCAGCAGCAGCAUCCCCAACCCCAACAUCCCCAGCAGCAUCCUCGCCAGCCCCGUGGCCCUCCGUCAGCCAAUGCGCAGUACGCAUAUCAAGAUUUUCCUCAUCAUCCCGCUCCUCAGCCGUCACCUGGCAAGCCCGGAGGGCCGGAAUAUCAACAGCACAGUGGCCAGUACCCGCCCGGCGCGUACCCUCCACCGUCUCCUUACCAGGUCCAAGCUGCGUAUCCUCCUCGAGCUAGUCACCCCGGUUCGUUUGCGGACCCUCGAUCUCCUGGCAGCGCACCUCCAGUACAGUCGCCAUAUCGUCACUCAGUGAGCUCAGCAACUGGUCCAGUGCAUGGUCCACCUCAAGGCUACUUUCCAAAUCAACCUCCUCACGAGAUCCGAAGCCCCAGCCAACGACAUCAGUACCCUCCAGCGCAGUACCAGCCUCCGCCCCAUCACGUUCACCAGCAGCACCAGCGUCACGGCAGCCAUCCUCCUCCGCAAGCUCAGCCGACGACACCAUAUCUGCCACAUCCCUCAAUUCCUCAAACACCGCCAAUCGGGCACCCAGGGCAGCAACACGGUCAGCGAACUCAUUCCGCCCAGUCCACGCCAACACCGACAUCCGCUCACUCGCAACAUCCAUACGGCCCGCCAUUCUCUCAGGGCAGCCCUGCUCCCCAGCAUCAGCAUACGCCGAUAGAGUAUCGUCGUCAGCCUUCACAACCUCCCGGCCCUCCAAGCCAACCGCAUAGUGCAAACCCAUCAAGUGCGAACUCGCAAGGACCUCCCCCUUUCAGUCAGCCCUCAAGUCCUUACCAGCACAAAAUCUCCUCUACCGGGGGUGCUACUGUUGCACAAGCCCACCCGUCUCCAAACGGCCCGUCGCAUCCACAUCAACCACAACAUCGUCUUUCUCACCCACUUCCUCCAUCUCAGCCGAACCGCGAGUCGCCGCGCCCCGAAAGCGCGAAGCGCAGAUCGACAAGCGAGCGAGAUCACAGCAUGUCAAUCAGUCCCAAAACACGGGUUGGAUCUUUGCCAAGCAGUACCGACCACCGCCCAUCUACCUCUGAGGGCGACUCCAGAGCAGACCAGUCCACGAGAAUGGUAGGUGUUAAGCAGGAGCAACCUGUCGCUACACCCGCGAAGCGUAAACUGGAUGAUCGCAGCAUGAGUCCCGGCGAACUCGAGAAUAGGAACUCGAGACCGCCCCCUGGGGAAGUCAAUGGGCAGACGAACGAGCCACAACGGGCGGCGCGACAUCAAUUUACACCAGGGACAAUCAAAGAAAGCCCUACCAAGGAGGAGGCCGUCAACGAAGAUUCCAUCAACGAAGGAUCGGUCACGAACGGGACGGUCAACGAUGAGUCGACAUCUACGAUUAAAGAAUCAGCGACGCCUGAGCCGUCAGAACCAGACGAAGAUGUUGUGCGCGUGUGUCGGUCAGAACCUCCUGUGUGGGCACUCAGUCUCCGCACACUAGGCAAGGCCUUGCCAAAGAAUGCAAACUAUGCUAUGCCACAUCGCCCUCACUCAUCGGCGCCAGGUAACGCGAAGGAUUCUCGUAGCACUCGCACGCCGGUCGCUGCGGAAAGCCGAAUCGUCGCUGCGGAGAGCCGAGCGCAGUCCCCUUCUGAACUUCCGGGGCCACAAGAGUUUCUCGGGCCCUGGGAAGCCAGCGUCACUGGUGUGAAACCAUACGAAGAACUGUCACGAACCGUUGCAGAUUUCCUCUUCAUCCACGUUAUUAACGCUCAGGAUGCGCAGGAGAUCAACAGCAGAGGCAUUGAAUUUGAAAUUGAGGCAAAGCUGGGGACUCUGAUUGACAAAGACACAAAUCAUCGCGUCGAGAAGGCCAUUGUAUCAGAGUGUGUUCUCCGUGACACUGGUCGGGUGGCGUUCCAGAGUAGCAUGACUGAGACGCACCACAAAGCAUUCAACGAAUUUCUCAACAACGUUGUUAUACAAACGGAUCCACGUUCGGCGCAUGGGAAGAAGCGGGUGCAGGUGCACUACAAACACCGCCGUGAAAUCGACAGGUACUUUGAGCUCCCGCUAGACAUGCAGGCGCGCAUCCCUGGUUGUGUUAGAUCCCGGCUGGGGACGCGCAAGAACGUCAAGGCGAGAGUCACGUACAACGAGAAAACUGGCGAGGUGCUGAACAAAAUUGUCAAGGCCAGGGUGGCGGAUAUUGACAUUCACAUGCCCACGUGCCCCAUGGACUGCCGCAUCAGCAUCAAUCUCGAGAUGAACUGGGACGGCCCCGUGGAGGAGCUGGAGCAGCUCGCGGGCGUGCAGACGUCAGGCGUCACUGACCGCCGCAAGGAUCGCUUGAGCUACAAGCAAGGCAACUACCAGAUUGACCUCACCCAGGUCACCAUGCCUAGUGGGCAAGGAUCACGCGGUGACAAGGAGCACGAGCUAGAAAUUGAAGUGUCCGGUGCGGCCGUUAUUGAGCAGGGCCGUCGCGCCAUGAGUGGGGAGGCGCAUGGCUACCAGGAGCUUGUAGAAGGGUUCCUCGACAAUAUGCGCGUCCUCGCUCGCAAAGGGAAAGAGUUCCAACGAUAA